AUGUCCGUCGAGCGCAGGAGUGUCGUGUUCUUCCACCCGGACCUGGGGAUUGGCGGCGCCGAGCGCCUUGUCGUGGACGCCGCCGUUGGCUUGCAGGAUCUUGGCCACAAAGUCACCAUCUUUACGUCUCACUGCGAUCCGAAGCAUUGCUUUGACGAAGCUCGCGAUGGAACCCUCGACGUGCGCGUGCGCGGCAACUCCAUCGUCCCGCCCUCCAUCGUCGGCCGCUUCUCUAUUCUCUGCGCCAUCCUGCGCCAGCUGCACCUGGUGCUACAGAUCGGCUUCCUGACCCCCGAGCUCCGCAAGCUCAGCCCUGAUGUCUUCUUCGUCGACCAGUUGAGCGCCGGUGUGCCUCUGCUCCGCCUACUCUCGCCCGUCUCCAGAGUCCUGUUCUACUGCCAUUUUCCAGACAAGCUGCUUGCGCAAAAGGGCGGUGCUAUAAAGAGUCUAUACAGGGUGCCGUUUGACUGGCUCGAGAGCUGGAGCACUGGCUGCAGCGAGGUCAUUGUUGUCAACAGCAAUUUCACCAAGAGCGUCUUCAAGCAAGCGUUCCCCGGGCUGAAGCACCGCGAUCCGGGUGUCGUAUACCCCUGCGUGGACACGUCGGUGUCUGAGAAGGCUGAGCAGAUCAAAUCUGAAGAGAAGCCGCUGUGGGACAACAAGAAGAUUCUCCUCAGCAUUAAUCGCUUCGAGCGGAAGAAGGAUGUCGGCUUGGCCAUUCGUGCCUACGCCGGCCUGUCCGUAGAAGAGCGCGAAGGUACAAGGCUUGUCAUCGCCGGCGGCUAUGAUCCCCGCAUCCACGAGAACAGCUCGACUUACAACGAGCUUUGCGCCCUGGCCGACUCCUUUAAGCUUAAGCACGCCACCGUAAAGAACGUCAUAACUGCCCUCGACGUCCCAGACGACAUCUCCGUCCUCUUCCUACUCUCCAUCCCGAACACCCUCAAGACCACCCUGCUCACGUCUGCCCGCCUCCUCGUCUACACGCCGCGCCACGAGCACUUCGGCAUCGUCCCGCUCGAGGCCAUGCUCGCCGGCACGCCCGUCCUCGCCGCCAACGAGGGCGGCCCGACAGAAACCGUCGUCGAGGGCGAGACCGGCUGGCUGCGCAACGUCGCCGCCGUCGAGGAAUGGACGGACGUGAUGCGCAAGGUCCUGGACAACGGCGUCGGCGAGGAGCGGCUGCGGCAGAUGGGCCUAAACGGGCAGGAGCGCGUCCGCGGUGAGUUUUCCAAAGCGAAGAUGGCGGAGCGCCUGCAGGGCUACAUCGACGGCAUCAACGAAGUCGAGAGACCGCCCGUCGUGACCGGCACGGUUGUGGGCGUGUUCGUGGCUGUCCUUGGGGCAGCGGUCGGUAUCGGCGCGUGGUAUUUGAUGUAA